GGUCAGCGGGCCUCACCGAGGACCGGAAGAGGUCAACGACGGCGAACGCUGGGACAGGGAACUCGGACUGGGAUCAGGAGAAGAACCUGGACCGGAGGCAGAAGCGGUAACUGAAAAACAACUUGGAACACAACAAGGACUUGGACCAAGAUGAGAGCCAGAACUGGGAGAAAAGCAAUUUCUCAAUCGACGUGCGAGUAUGAAAGUGGGAGGAGGAAGUCCCCGGCACGCCAUUGGCCGGCUCCCUUGGGCCCAGCCCUACAAGGAGCCGAGCGGACCGAGGACGCCGAGCGGGCAGGGGUGCGCGGGGGGCCCCGCUCCUUGUUUGGCUGGAGGAGAGGAGGAGGAGCAGGAGCAGGCUUCUUAAGGUGUCUCCUCUGACGGGAGCCUCACUCAGCGGCUCGCUCCUGCUGCCUUCCCGCGUCCAGCAGCACCACGCGCGGUACCCCCCCCCCCUCUACCCGCAGCCAGCCAUGUGCGACGACGAGGAGAGCACCGCCCUGGUGUGCGACAACGGAUCGGGACUUUGCAAAGCCGGAUUUGCCGGAGAUGACGCGCCCAGGGCCGUCUUCCCGUCCAUCGUGGGCCGGCCCAGGCACCAGGGCGUGAUGGUGGGCAUGGGCCAGAAGGACAGUUACGUGGGCGACGAGGCUCAGAGCAAGCGAGGGAUCCUCACCCUCAAGUAUCCCAUCGAGCACGGCAUCAUCACCAACUGGGACGACAUGGAGAAGAUCUGGCAUCACUCUUUCUACAACGAGCUGCGAGUGGCCCCGGAGGAGCAUCCCACCCUCCUGACGGAAGCGCCGCUCAACCCCAAGGCCAACAGGGAGAAGAUGACUCAGAUCAUGUUUGAGACCUUCAACGUUCCCGCCAUGUACGUGGCCAUCCAGGCCGUCUUGUCCCUCUACGCCUCUGGACGCACGACAGGCAUCGUUUUGGACUCCGGCGACGGCGUGACCCACAACGUUCCCAUCUACGAAGGUUACGCGCUGCCUCACGCCAUCAUGAGGUUGGACCUGGCUGGGCGUGACCUCACCGACUACCUCAUGAAGAUCCUGACCGAGCGUGGCUACAGCUUCGUCACCACGGCCGAGCGUGAGAUCGUGCGCGACAUCAAGGAGAAGUUGUGCUACGUCGCUCUGGACUUUGAGAACGAGAUGGGGACGGCGGCCACGUCGUCGUCGCUGGAGAAGAGUUACGAGCUCCCCGACGGUCAGGUCAUCACCAUCGGGAACGAGCGCUUCCGAUGCCCCGAGACCUUGUUCCAGCCAUCCUUCAUCGGCAUGGAGUCGGCCGGCAUCCACGAGACCACCUACAACAGCAUCAUGAAGUGCGAUAUCGACAUCCGCAAGGACCUCUACGCCAACAACGUGCUGUCGGGGGGCACCACCAUGUACCCCGGCAUCGCCGACCGCAUGCAGAAGGAGAUCACCGCACUGGCGCCCAGCACCAUGAAGAUUAAGAUCAUCGCCCCUCCGGAGAGAAAGUACUCUGUGUGGAUCGGCGGCUCCAUUCUGGCGUCACUGUCCACCUUCCAGCAGAUGUGGAUCAGCAAGCAGGAGUACGACGAAGCCGGCCCGUCCAUCGUCCACCGAAAGUGCUUCUAGCCCGGGCCGUCCACCGACAAGUCCCACCUCCAUCUUCUGUCCUUCUUGUCCUCCUUUUGUUAAGCUCAUGUUUUUUUUUUACAUUUUGGACAAAGUAAAGCUUGACAGCUGCCACCGAUUAUGCCGUAGCCGGGGCGUGGCAGAAGAUAAAUAAAAAGCAAACCACAAGCUCAA